AUGAAUAAUACAGAUUAUACAAUUCUUCAGAUACUUCAGGGCAUGCAAGAAACACUUUUUGCAUUGCAAAAAGGCCAGGAAGAACUUCAGAUUAGACAAGACGCACUCAAGAAAGAUAUGAAUGGCCAAGAAAGCCCAGAGCCAGCAAUAGUACAUAAUAAUCUCAGUGGAGCAAUUCCAAGACCAGUACCAAAUAUCAAAGAUAUAACUUUGGUACAUAUCUACAGAAUGAUGAGCCACAAUCUCGGGGUUGAGCUGGAUAAAGGAAACAAGGCAAUCCUUCACUCUUGUACAGGCUUUGUCUGCGAUGAGCUGGCCACUCUUCCUUCUGUGCAAGCUCUGGGACAAUAUCCAAACUGGAGUACAAUUUCUCAAGAGAACAAGAACUGGGCGUGCACCAGACAUGCUUGUCUACUUAGAAGCAAUGGUAUAGACUUUACCAGAUGCCACAAAAACUGGGCAUCUGUUGCAAAGGUCAGCCAAUUAUGGAAAAACCGUAAAAAGUGA